GAAACCAUAACCAUCUACAUUUCCACAUUCAUUCGUUUUUUAAUUUUCAUAGACCAAACAUAAAUUAAUUAGAGCAAUAUGAAUGCUUCAUCUUUAACCUCAAGCCUAAGUAUUUCUAAUUCAAAGCAACUUCCACAACUCUCAAGUAAACAACAAAGAUCUUGUCAAGUGCACUUUAAAACAAUUUCAUGUAGAGCAACAAAGCUAGUUGAAGAAACCAAGAAUGGAUCAAAUUUCUACAAAAUGUUAUCGGUGAAUCCGAAAAACGCAACAAUGGAUGAGAUAAAGAGAUCUUAUAGAUCAAUGGCACUUCAAUAUCAUCCAGAUGUAUGUCACGAUCCUUCAAUGAAAGAGGAAUCAACGAAAAUAUUUGUUCGAUUAAAUGCGGCUUAUGAAACUUUGUCGAAUCCUAUGCUUCGUGAACAAUAUGAUAGUGAAUUGGGAUUGAAAAACAAUAUGAUGAAUAUGAAUAAUAUUGUUAAUCAAGAGAUUUGGAGAAGUAGGUGGCAAGAACAAGUGGUUGAGUUGAAGAAAAGAUCUUCAAAACGUAUGGGACAAAAAGGAAGUAGAAUGAGGACACAAGAAAGAUAGAAACUAAUUAAUCACUAAUUAGUUUUCUUGAUCUGUUUGUGAUUAAUUAGUUUGUUACUAUUUUCUUUGAUCUAUAGUUUUAUUUAAGCAUCGAUUCUUUAAUUCAUGUAUAAUAGACUUAACUAUAAUUAUUUUUUUAUUGGAUAUAUAUAAUCUAUUAAUUUGGGGAAGAAAUUUGGUCAGUUCUUACUU